AUGAAGGAAGAGGGGCAAACUCAUAAAGAGAUGGAGAAAGGAGAAGCGAAGCAUCGCAGUGAUGAAGAAGAAGGUUUUGUGAAGACUCUCAGUGGCACUCCGAUAGACACGGUCUUCAGUACCGUUUUGUUACCGUUUUAUUCUCCCGAUGGUAGCCACCAGAUGGCGUCAAAUAGCCAGGACCAGCAUGGAGUCCCUGUAACUAUUCUUUCAACAACGAUCUGGCUCCCAAACUCUCAUGAGCGUAAAGAUUCGAUGUGA